AUGAGCAGUCUUAUGGACACGUCGGGUCACAACACCUCCUCCGCUUUUUCAGACACGAUGAAUGAAGGCCAAACGGGCGAUGGUGACCGCACGUAUGAGCAAACUUCAUUAAUAACCUCACAUCGUACGCUAUCUGAGUCAGAACUUCCUGCAGGAUCUUUCUUGGAUGAGGAUCAAACCCACUACGAUGAUGAUUACGCCACUGGGUACGAUAGCAGGACAUACAACUCUCGCACCUACGACACCCGAACUUAUGACAGCCAAACCUACAAUGACUCCUCCUUUCCGCAGUCCCCGCGUUCGGAUGAGUUAAGCUCCACAUUUGCAAGUUUUUACCUGGAGAGCAGCGCCGCUCGCAAGGUGAGAUCGGUUUUUUCAUUUCUGAAUCGACCACUUUUUUUCUUUUCUGCUGUACUCACUGGGUCGGGCGGUAUUGGCACCAUGUGUCGUGUUGUUCAUGCCAUUACAGUGGCUGCGACUCAGCGGCAAGUGCGGCACAAACCAUCUCUAUUGCAUGAUUUGCAUGGCCUGCCAGAUGGUUACCCGAAUGUCCCGGAAUGGAUGCAGCAGGCGCGUCUUGCACUCCCGUUGGUGGUUGAAGGUUUAGUCAAAAAAGCACUAUGCGCCUGUGGCGUCCCUGCCCUCGCUGAUUUGCAAAAAGCUCGCUGGGCCAGGGCCCUUGGAAGCCUGGAGAGUGCUAAGAAUGAGAUCAUUUCUCAAACGACGCAUGUGAUUUCGGGCCCGAUGGUGCCGCUUGUGAUUUUCCUUCCGUUGCUUUCCUUCUUCGCCAUCUCUGUUGCUCGCUGUUCUGUUGCCCGGCGACAGGCGCGCCUGGCUGAGGAGGAGGAGUUCCCUCCCUUGAGCGUCGACGAAGCUGAAAAGGUUUCAUUUUUGCGUAGUUCCGAGUUUCCAGACGUUAUUGUGGCGGAGGAAAGCAGCAUUUUUGCAGAGGAGACGCUUGAGCACCCCGUGAAAGUUUAUACAAACGGACAUGCGGCUGAGCAAGCGGUACCGCCUGCGGCGGUGAGUGUGCGGCCUUUUUUGAAGAAGGACACUUCCGGCGCGCAGUCUCCCUCGGAAGACCCUACGAGUCCUAACACUGUGCCUACCUCGCGGGAUCUGUCACCAAUUCCACUGGUGGACGAGGACGCAUUGAAGUCAAUGCAGGGAUUUGGUGUGAACGGGACGCGUUUUUCGCCCCCGACUGAACGAUUACAUCUGCAACCUUUCAAUGUUGCACCUUACGCGCUUCGAGGGGAUAUUGUAGCCGCCUUGAUGGGAACUCCCACUGCAAGGGAGAUCAAUGUGCUGUUGAUUGCCGCCUCUCGAUAUAACUGUAGACGUGUGAUUGUGCCUGCUCAAGUUCCGGCGUCAGAUUUGGUGUCUGUGCCGUCAUCCCUGUCCAUAGAGCGCGUGGAUGACGUUAUGCAGGAGGUUAUGAGUGAGGAGGAGCCUCGUGGACUCACCACCGUCGCUGUAUUUCUUCGCCCCGUUACUGAAGACACGGUGGAGCUCUCAUUGUUUCAACACCCGAGUGCAGCGGUGUAUGUGUUUGUGGCGGCGCACGGCGUCGACGAGGACGUUGUCUCCUACUUAGUUGAUAAGCGUAUCUACACUGCGCCCUCCCUCGAUGAGCCGAUCCCUGCCAAUGCAUGCUUCUACGACCGUUCAGUAAAGGAGAGGGACGGCACCAUUGACAUCGGGAGCGGCGGCGGCGGCGGUAGGACUGGUGGUGGUGUUUCGUGA